AUGGACUUUGACGCAUGUCCUAUUCGUCAUAGUCCAGAAUACUAUUGUUGUAAGAUUUCAGAGACUACUAAAGAGCUCUUUACGAAAUAUAAUCGUCCAUAUGGUGGUGACUAUGAGUCGUAUUAUGUUGAAGGAUGGAGUAAGCAACGUCAAGUGAAUUUUCCAUACACCAUGUAUCAUCCUGAUACUCCGAAAUUCUAUUACAAUGAACCUGAUACAAUAUGUCGAGUCCAAGCUAUUGUCAAUCCGAAAACAGGCGAGUUAAUUGAAGAACUUCAGUGUGCUAACACGAACUCUUCACUUGCUGCAGCUUCACAGAACAACACUGUUUUCUGGUCGUAUGCGGCCAAUGCACGCAAUAAUAAUGCCACAUUCCCUAUUGGUGCUACUUGCUAUAGUGUGAUGUUACCUGAUGGUACAAUUGACACGGAAAUGAAAAACUUGUGUACGUCGAUUUCGACAGCUAUUGCACCACGAUUUACCACGUUUACCGAGACUCCACUGGUGAUCAUUUACCUUUUAUAUCUUGCCUUCUUCUUGAUUCUUGGAGCUUGGGUUGUGUACAAGAAAAUGAAGCAAAAUGCCAACAAUUUGAUAAACGAGAUGUAUAAGAAACUUAUUUCAACGCCACAGACACCGUCAAGAGCUGUUGCUGGUAAUGCAAAUGGUGCUUAUACUGGUGUUCGAGGCUCAGACUCGCGGAUUCAAUUUGAAGCGUCCGAGGACCUUCUUCAAACAGGGUUCUCAACUUCUCACCUUGGUACAUUUGUGUUUGGCUGUGUCGUGACAGCAUCGCUUGCCUUAAAUGUACUCUUGAUCAUUAUUAUCGUUGACUCCUAUGGCAAUUUUGACCCACCGCUGUUUGAUGGAACGGAGGAUAAUGCACUUGUGUUUAUUAUUAUGUGGGUCAUCACCGCCAUUUGGUUUGUCGUCGUUGUGACCUUGCAAGAUCGCAUUUUUAACUUCUUUCGCCUCCGUGUGCCACUCGACCAGUGUGACUUUGUCUACAUGCUUAAGCGUGACGAAACGGAAGUGCUGCUUGCAGAUCAAUCGGGCGUGUCGGACUUUGUGGCCAAGGUCGAGAAUUAUUUUGCGCCUAAGGGGAAGCUUAGCGGCUACCGCACCACAGUACCAGUUGUGAAGGUAGACGGCCUACGUCUUGUGGAGUUUCAGCACUUGCGAUACAUUUAUGAGGAGACUGAACACCGCUUUGUGCCCGGUGCCGUUGCACUCGGACGGACCUACGAUGAAAUAAACCGAGAAGCUCGUGGUCUGACGGAUGCAGAGGCCAAGCAUCGUAUUAACACGGUGGGGCCUAACUCUGUCGAUGUCGAAAUGCCAUCUCUUUUGGUUUCCAUGGCUCAUGAGUUCUUCACGCUGUUCUACAUCUACCAGAUCAUGUGCUACUAUGUCUGGUACUACUUCACUUACUGGAACAUGGGUAUUGUCAUGACGAUUGUAGUUUUGGGAGCUGCUGUGGUGAACAUUUACACGCAGCGUCAGAUUCAGUCCUCGAUCGUCGAGAUGACUCGUUACCGCACCGACGUAAAGGUGUUUCGCGAUGGUAAAUGGCGCACAGUAUCAUCACAUGAUCUGGCUCCCGGUGAUCUUGUGAAUGUGCCGGAAGACUGGUUGUCACCGUGUGAUAUGGCUAUCGUGAAGGGUACGACUGUGUGCGAUGAGUCUAUGUUGACGGGUGAAUCGAUGCCCGUGCAAAAGUUUCCAAUACCGGAGCGCAGCUCGGAUACUUACGACCCUGAGAAGGGCAGCAAGAAGCACACGUUGUUUGCUGGUACUCGCGUCCUGUCUUCGGGUCGCAAGGAGGAGAUCCUGGCUAUUGUACAGACUACGGGUGCGCACACGACCAAGGGUCAGUUGAUCCAGUCGAUUUUGUUCCCAAUCCCAAUGCGCUUCAAGUACAACGAGCAUCUCAAGGUUUUGAUCACGCUUCUUCUCAUCUACGCUGUAAUUGCAUGCAUUCUUGUGAUCAGUUUUCUCCUCAGCAAUGGCAAGCUAAGUAACCGAUACGCUGCGUUCUGCUACGCCGUCUUCGUACUGUCCUGUGUCAUCAGCCCGCUUCUUCCUGUUGUUAUUACGGUCGGGCAAGUAAAUGCCUCUCAGCGACUCGAGAAGCAAGGCAUCUUCUCGCUUAACGUUCAGCGUAUUACUCUCUGUGGCAAGGUGCGCAUCUUUUGCUUUGACAAGACGGGCACACUCACCAAGCAAGGCCUCGACUUCCUCGGUGUUCAACCCGUCAAAAACUCCAGGUUUUUUCCCCUUGUAAAAGACGCAAAGGAAGCAUCUUUGUCCGAAGAGCUACUAUACGCGCUAACAACGUGCCACUCCGUGGGCUCACUGGAGGAUCGUCUCGUGGGCAAUGAGGUGGAGGUGCGUAUGUUUACGUCCACGGGCUGGGAGCUCAUUGAAAAAGAAGGUGAGCAGCCGUAUGUGCGGUCAAAUGUAGAUCCGGGACUUGAGCUCGAGUUCAUUAAGCGUUACGACUUUGAUCACCACCGCAUGUCUAUGAGUGUGGUGGUGCGCAACCGUAGGACCGGUAAUUUUUACGUAUUCUGCAAGGGCUCCUACGAGCGGAUGCAACAGCUAAGCACGCCUGCUAGCGUACCCGAUGACUACAAGAGCGUAGCAGAUCGUUUGGCGAAGGAGGGGUGCUACGUGUUGGGUCUGUCAUACCGCAAGCUACCUAGCAACUGGACGCAAGAGCAGGUGGUGGAAUUUGCCAACAACCGCGAGGCUGUGGAUGAGAAUUUGUCACUCCUCGGUUUGAUCUUGUUCCGUAACGAAUUGAAGGAAGACACAGCCGACGCCAUCGCAAAGCUUAAAGGCGGUGACAUCCGUACGGUCAUGGUCACGGGUGAUAAUGCAAUGUGCGGCUGCUACAUAGCGCGUCAAAGUGGUAUGCUGUCGUCAGCCUCGCGCGUGAUUUUGGGCGAAAUGGUGUCGACGACGAAGUUGAAGAUGCUGGUGUGGCGUGACGUGGACUCGGACGAGGAGUACGAUUUGUCUACGGUAAAGCACCUGGUCGAGCAAGUUGAGGACGUAGAGCUGGCUGUGACGGGUUCGGCGUUUGAUUACCUCGUGGCUAGGGGCGAGAUCAAGGAACUGUUGCUGAAUAUUCGUAUUUUCAGUCGCAUGACACCCGACGGCAAAGUAGAGUGCGUGAAGCUGCAUAUGGAGACAGGGGCAGUGACAGGAAUGUGUGGUGAUGGUGGCAAUGACUGCGGUGCGUUACGUUUCGCUCACGCAGGUGUCGCUCUCAGCGAUGCGGAGGCGUCAGUGGUGUCGCCAUUCACGAGCAGGGAAAAGUCAAUUCAAUCGGUGGUUGAUCUAUGCCGUGAAGGCCGCUGCAGUGUGGCAACAUCUUUCGCAUCUGUAAAGUUUCUCAUCAUGUACGGUCUCAUUGGUUCGGUACUUCGAUUGUUCAUGUACUUUCACGCCAUCAACUUAUCGCAGUGGUGCUGGAUUUUGGUGGAGGGUUUUAUGCUAGUCGGGUGCUCGUACGUCAUUACGCUGUCAAAGCCGCUAGAUGAACUGAAACCUUUUCGCCCGACAUCAAGUCUUAUUGGUCCGACCACGUUGGCCUCGAUCCUCGGCCAGGAGGCAAUCAACGUCAUUUAUAUGAGCUGCUGCAUCCACAUGCUAUCAAGUCAAGUCUGGUACUGCCCAUUUUCGCCUGACGAUGUGGAUGUUGCAAAGUGGUGGCUCAUGUCAGACAACCACUUGGCGACCGUGCUCUUCUUUUCUGUUAUUUUCCAGCAACAUGUUGCAGCAUGGGUUUUCAGCUUUGGGUCAAUGUACCGCCAGCCAAUUUGGCGCAACUAUCUCCUCCUCGCAUUCUUUGCAGCGGUUGGAAGUCUUGACUUGUACUUGCUUUUUGGUGAGCAAAGUAUCAUCACUGACCGUUUCCGAAUUUCAAGCAGUACGAAUGUUGUUGGACUGCCUGAUAUCCCCAUGCCCAUGAGCUUUCGAUGGAAGUUCAUGGGUUUGAGCCUGGGCAAUAUCUUGACGUGUAUUCUCUUUGAAUACAUUGUUGUGCUAGGCCCUGUACGCUCCUACUUUCGCAACAAGUAUCACAUUGAUUUGAUUCCAAUGAAGAAAUAA